CCUCCACACGCUGACUCGGACUCGAACGCUCCAAAUUUUUGGAAAGUUUGUUCAUUUGUUGUUCAAUUCAAAGCGCAGGGCGACAUUCAAAGCGGUGCUGCAUCCAUUUCCCUUCUUUUCAAAUGGAUCAGCUUUGUUCCAGGCCCAAGAGGCCAAUGGAGACUGCGUUCGAUGCUGCAGCAGGGCGGCGCUGUAGUAAGAGAGUGGCAACACUUCGUCGAAAAGCAGUAGAUGUAGAUGUUGUUCCAGAUGACAGCCGCGCCAUCAACGUUGAACCAGGGAUGAGUUCGGGUCCUGAAGAAUGUGGAGGGAUCCCAAAAGAGAUGCAAGAUAUAAGGCCAGAUGGGAAAGAUAAGUGCCCUUGUUUUGCAGCUGCAAGCCGGGGGGACUUAGACGGCUUGCAACAGCUGCGACAGGGGACACCACCGCGCCGCUGGGGGGCCCUGAGCUGUGCGCUUGCGGCUUUGUGGGAGGGUCAUUUGCAGGUCGCAGAAUGGAUAUACGAGCAAGACGCGUCUGUUAUUGAGGGAGUGUGCUUGCUGGCCGCCAAGUUGGGGAGGUUGAACUUGCUCCAAUGGGCCCGGGCAAGAGACCCCGCGCCCCAUUGGGACAAGGAACUGUGCAAUCAGGUGGUGAUUAUGGCACUCAGAAUGGGGCGGCCCGAGGUUGCGCAGUGGGGUGUGCUCCAGAAUCCAGCUAUGGAGUGCGCGACCACAUGUCUGACUGCCGCUGUGACGGGCAACCUGGCGACGCUGCAAUGGCUCAGGGGCCGGACUCCCCCCUGCCCUUGGGUUGGGGUCGAUUGCGCUCUGGGGGCUCUGGAGAAUGGGCAUCUCGAGGUGGUGAAAUGGGUGCGAGAGCAGGACCCCAGGGCAGAGAGAGACGUGUGCUGUGAGGCCGCGAGGCAGGGGAGGGUGGAUCUGCUGAAAUUGGCGAGGGCGCAGGAGCCUCCAUUUUGCUGGAACACUAGCACAUGCCUCAAUGCUGCGAUGCAGGGGCACCUAGAGACGCUGCAAUGGUUGAGAGGGCAAGAGCCCCCAUGCCCUUGGAUCCCCGCCGAGUGCGUGUACGUUGCGUCGAUGACAGGACAUGUUGAGGUCCUGAAAUGGCUGACGGAACAAGCACCAGAGACCAGAAACUCUGUCUGUUGGGUGGCCGCUCGAGCGGGGAGGUUGGAGAUUCUUCAAUGGGCCAGGGCACAAAACCCGGCGUUUGCUUGGAGCGAAGCUGUGACCACCGCUGCUGCAGAGCGGGGACAGCUCGACGCUUUGCAGUGGUUGCGAAAUCAAGUCCCGCCGUGCCCCUGGGACGUCGCCAAGUGUGCGGUCUGCGCUGCGAACAAUGGGCAUAUUAGCAAUGUGCAAUGGCUGAAGGCUCAAGAUCCCUCGGCGGCGACAGCAUUGACGCGCAAUCACUUGGAAGAGUGCGUGUGGAUUGCUACUUACGCGUGGCCUCCAUGCGAGGACGUCGUAGGCCUUCUCAAGGCAGAGCCGCACAUUCAGAUGAGCCGAAAAUACCACGUCCCGAAUGCAUCGCUCAGCGGUACCCUCUCUAUCUGCGUAGCGGUCUGA